UGUUGAAUCUCUCUCUCUGUCUCUCGACUUUUCCAUUUCCUCUUUCCACACCCGUUUCUGAAUGGCAACUACAUCUCUUCGUAUUGCGCGUGGCUUCCUCGCGUCUGGCGUGACGUGCGGCAUCAAGAAGCGCGGCGGCCUCGACUUUGCGAUGGUUGCUUCGGAGGUUCCCUGCACUGCUGCCGGCGUGUACACCAAGAACAAGUUCCGCGCUGCCCCGCUCACCGUGUCCAAGGAGCUCAUCGAUGCCAACCCAGGCAACAUCCAGGCCGUCAUGAUCAACAGCGGUUGCGCGAACGCCUGCACCGGCGAGAAGGGUCUGGCGACUGCUCGCGAGUCCUCUGCAUUGGCCAGCGAGACUCUGCGCUCUGCCAAUCCCAACAUUACUGGCAAGGUUUUGGUCAUGUCGACGGGCGUCAUUGGCCAGCAUCUCGACAUGGAGAAAAUCGCCAAGGGAAUCCAGCUCUCGUCCAAGUCCCUCAAGACUGAGCAAGGCUGGCAAGACGCCUCGCAAGCAAUCAUGACCACCGACACCAAGCCCAAGCUGGUCUCGCGGCAAAUUAUGCUGCAAGGUCACGGCCCAAUUACCAUCACUGGCAUCGCCAAGGGCGCUGGCAUGAUCCAUCCCAACAUGGCCACCAUGUUGGGCGUUCUCGCCACUGACGCCGCAGUUGGCCAAAAGGCUCUGCAGAGCGCUCUUUCGUACGCGUGCGACCGCUCUUUCAACUGCGUGACUGUCGACGGCGACACCAGCACCAAUGAUUCAGUUUUCCUUUUGGCCAACGGCCAGAGCAAGCUUCCUGUGAUUGAAGAUACGACGUCGCCCAACUACAUUGCCUUCCGUGAUGGACUCACCGCCACUGCUGCCGAGCUCUCCAAGCUGCUUGUCCGCGACGGCGAGGGUGCCACCAAGCUUGCCGAAAUUACCGUCACGGGUGCCAACUCCUACUCUGAUGCCCACACUAUCGCUUCGAGCAUUGCCACCUCGUCUUUGGUCAAGACGGCAUUGUACGGUCAAGAUGCCAACUGGGGCCGAAUUUUGUGCGCGGCAGGAUACAGCGGCAUCUCGUUCGACCCCUCCAAGGUCAAUCUGUUCAUGGGUUGCCUUGAUGCAAACGGCAACCGCCCCCUUCCCGAGCAGCAGCUGGUCAAGGAUGGUGCCCCGUUCGACGUCAACGAGGACACUGCCCUCGCGAUUCUCAAGCACACCGACAUUACUUGCCGCCUUGAGCUCAACAUUCCCGGCGGCAAAGAGCAAGCCACGUACUGGACUUGCGAUUUCUCGUACGACUACGUCAAGGUCAACGCCAGCUACCGUUCGUAAACUGAAGAGUUGUGGCGGCGUGUUCUCGAUGCCAUUCAAAGACUGGCUGCCUCGAGCUCCACCGUUGUUGUUUUUUUUUCUUUCUUUUAACGAACAAUGAAUACAAAAAGUCAAAAGAGAAAGAAAUGUACCGCUUGGCACAGUGUACAUGAAUGAUAGA